CAUAACGGCCAUCAUACGUGGCGGCCCCUCCCUGGCGGUAGCGCCAACCUUUUUCAAAAAUCCCCUCAGUCGCCUUCAUCGUCGUCCUCCUCCUCCCCCCGCACCUACCUCGCCCCCCUUCUCUUCUCCGCAAAGCCCAGCUCCCAUAUCUCGCUCUUUUCCCCGAUCGUCUCCGGGCUAUUAACUUUAGAGGCCACGGUGUCGAGUCCCCUCCUCCUCGUCCUGUAAGGAGCCAUCUCUUCUCUUCCCUUCUGCGCCCCCGGAGGCUCUGCGGUUUUGCUUCAACAGGGGUGCCUCUGGCUUCUUUUCCGCAACCCUUUCUUGGAUCUCAACUCUAACGGAGGAAACUAGGAGUUAGUCUCUUCCCUUUGGCGGACACAGUGGUACAGAGGGCCCCCAAAUCCGUUUCGCUUUUCGCUUAAGCUUUUUCCUGCCUUUUCUGCAGAAAUUUCGUGCUCGCAGUGCGUAGGAAAUUGAAUACCUUACCCUGAACAAAGAAAGAAAGUAAAAAAAAAAAACAAAAAAAACAAAAAAACAAAUAGCUGCCAGACUUAUCGCUUCCCUCUGUAUAAACCCUAGCUAGGUGGUCUUUCUGGAAGGAGUCCGAAAGGAAUCCCUGAAGUUACAUCCUUCCUUCACGAUUGUCGCUAAUAGGACUAGGGCUUUCGACACAGGCACAUAGAGAGAGACAUAUAGCCCCACGUGCUGUUCUUAGUAGGGAAAACUUGGUCUUCGAGGAAGGGAAUACGUAACUUUAACGCCAUGAAGUUCGGAGAAACUUUCUCUGAGUAUCUUCACGGCGACCAGGGAUGGUUUCUCGAUAAGGUGUCUCACGUUGAGUACAAGAGGUUGAAGAAAGUCCUGAAGAACUGCUCGAGGUGUCGAUCGACCAAUGCUAACUCGGAGGAGGAAAACGAGAACAUCUCGAAAUUCUGUCGGUCGAAUUCGUGCCCGGAAUGCGACCAGCGUUUCUUUUCCGAACUUACAAAAGAGGCUUCCGAUAUACUUGGAUGUCUUCGAUCCAGAGUGAGGCGCCUUCUCCAUCUUCAUUAUGCAAACGGACUUCAGGGCUAUGUAUGGCGCCUCUGGCAUUGCUUCAGUGAUCCGGGAGAAAUGAUGCAAGAGGGACGUUUAUUAGUCGAUUAUGUCCUUAUGAAUGCAAUUGCCAUCCGUAAGAUCCUGAAGAAAUAUGAUAAAGUUCACUGCUCUGUCAAUGGGAGAAACUUCAAGUCAAAGAUGCAAUCGAAGCGCAUUGAGCUUUUGCAAUCGCCCUGGAUGAUAGAGUUAGGGGCUUUUUAUUUAAAUUGCGAAAGUCUGGACGGUGGAGAUGAUUUAGUUCGACAGUUCUCCUGCGACCUGGGUAGUGAUCGUCCUGCAAUGAUAUUGGCACUGUCCGAUUCAAUGAAGCUUGAAUAUAACCUGACAUGCCCCAUAUGCUUGGAUAUUAUCUUCCAUCCUUAUGCUUUGGGAUGCGGGCACCUAUUCUGUAAGGGAUGUAUCUGUUCUGCAGCUUCCGUUUUAAUCUUCGAAGGGCCCAAGUUUGCUCCUCCUGAAUCAAAGUGUCCAGUUUGCAGAUCUGUUGGAGUGUACGAGGAUUCAGUACACAUGGUAGAGCUGGAUCUGCUUCUCAAAAACAGAUGUAAAGAGUACUGGAAGGAGAGGCUAAACAUAGAACGAGCUCAGGCGGUGAAGCAGUCGAAGGAAUUUUGGGACCUGCAGACAAAGCACGCUCUUGGAUUUUAUUGAGUCUUGCGGUAUCUGUGGUGCUGUGUAAGCAAGUUCACGAUGUAGUAUCAGUUUUUAUCCGCAAAUGUUUGCAGUGUAUACGCAGCCAUUACUCUUUCCCCCUCUGCUCGACCUAAAACAUUGAAUUGAAAUGAAUAAGUCACGAUUCACGUUUUCCUG